UUAUAAAGCUGGCCCACGCCCUCCAGAGCAAGAUGAGGCUGCCCAGUCCACUCGCCUCUUAGCUACUCCAGAGGAACUGGCAGAGUGGUCAUCAGACUUACCCAAGAGCCAUGGCAAAGAACGGGCUUGUAAUUUACAUCCUGGUUAUCACCUUACUCCUGGACCAGACCACCAGCCACACAUCCAAAUUCAAAGCCAGGAAGCACAGCAAACGCCGAGUGAAAGAAAAGGAUGGAGACCUGAAGACUCAAGUUGAAAAGCUCUGGAGAGAAGUCAAUGCCCUGAAGGAAAUGCAAGCCUUACAGACAGUCUGUCUCCGAGGCACAAAGUUUCACAAGAAAUGCUACCUUGCUUCGGAAGGCCUGAAGCACUUCCAUGAAGCUAACGAAGACUGUAUCUCCAAGGGAGGAACCCUGGUGGUCCCCAGAAACUCUGACGAGAUCAACGCCCUCCGAGACUAUGGUAAAAGAAGCCUGCCAGGUGUCAAUGACUUUUGGCUGGGCAUCAAUGACAUGGUCACCGAGGGCAAGUUUGUUGAUGUCAACGGAGUCACCAUCUCCUUCCUCAACUGGGACCGUGCACAGCCUAAUGGCGGUAAGCGCGAAAACUGUGCUCUGUUCUCCCAGUCAGCUGAGGGCAAAUGGAGUGAUGAGGUCUGUCGUAGCACCAAGAGGUACAUAUGCGAGUUUAUCAUCCCUUGAUACACCCUUUGCAAGCUCGGUCACGAUUUAUAGGCUGAUGGUUCACAAGAGGAAGUCAGAAUUGUCACAUGGGCAUCUGUGCCCGUAGGAAUACAAGAGAUAUCCAAUUUCGCUAUCACGUUUCAUUGUGAUGUUGCCCUCUGUGGGCUACAGAUCAGAAAAUAAUGAUCCACCUACGUGCACACUGUUAAUGUGGCUUCUGCAAAAUGGGCUCUCAAAUCCUCCCCAAUUUCCUAGGCCCUCUCCCUUAUCCAGAAACCAGGUCUGUGUUAAAAAUACAAAAUCCAGAAAAAACAAGCUUAGGCUAGAAGAUUUUCUCUUGGAAGUUUAGCAGACAUUUUAUUGAUGAGACUUCUCUAAAUCAGAGAUUCAGGGUGCGGUAUAAUCUAGAAACCUCUCCGCCUGGUGCCCCAUCUGUUCCAUCCCAGUCACAGCCCCUUGCUGGCCCGUUAACCUUUCUGAGUGGCUGCAUCCCCUGGUGGGACUUGUACUGUGUCUGCCGCUUCAGAAUACAGAUUUCUCAGAAGUGUUCUGAUUUAACUUUCUUUUCUUCAAGACCCUCUUCCUCCACCAUAUAUACAUGCUGAAUCUGAAAAUGCUCAGUCAUGAUCUGAAAAGGAGCAUAUUUGGUCAACUUCUAGCCCCAGCAUUACGUUACGAUUUCUGACUUGAAUGAGUAACCCAAAGGCAGACUGAAUGGGGAAGUACAAUAGGAAAAAGAAAAUAUGUCUACUUUUCCCUUGCUUUCGUAUCGUUAUCCUCCUGGAUGAAAUGGAGAGCUGAUAUUAAAUAUGUCAGCUUCCUUUUUUUAUAUACUUUAUAUACUUACAUAUAUUUCAACAAGCAUAUAUUUAAGUUUAUUAGGGGCAAUCUAUCUUUGGAGGUUGAACAUUGGAUUUCAAUAGUACUAUUUUGGAGUGAUACAUCUAUGCAAUAUUUUAUUCUGUCAAAUGCUAUUUCCAUUAACUAGUUUAACCAGAUUGUGUAAAAUAACCUCAUUGCCUAAUAAGAAAUUACAAAGCUUAGGCUUCUGGGAAAUGGGCUUCUUAGAAUCCAACAAUUCUAAGUAUAUUAUGUUCUUCAAGUAAGUGUCAUUUUUUCCCUUAAAUAUUGGGUAUGUCUUAUGAGCAAUAUCCUUCUCUGCAAACAUCAAUUACAUGUGCUUGGAAUUAAGUUUUAGUUUCUUUUACUGCAUAAUAAUAAAGCCUGAGUUCUGAUGGA